AUGCUCUUGUCGUCCAAAUAUCCAAGAGCUAUCCCAUACCUCGAAAUCGAUCGGAAUCUACCCAAGGCGCCGGGCCUUACCGCAACCUCGAGCGCAUCGGAAGUCAACCAGGUGUCACAUACCCUGUUGGAUGACCCCGUUAUGGCUGAUUCGGAUGGCUGGCGAUCUGUACACUGCGGUACGGUUGGUGUUGCAUUCGGUGAACAGCGCUCAGAUCUUACUUCUGGGUACGCUCAUAAGAUACAGCCUCCCAUUGCACAGAGUUAUCCCGGGAGAGCCCAAGGAUUGCGCAGAGAUAGCCGCAGUGAUUGCAUCUGGCGAAAGGGGAAGACUUCAAUGACCCAGCUCGAUCGACUGACUCUAACCCUCGUGAGGGCCUGGGUCCGGUGUUCACCAGAGACAUGCGACCCCAACGACGAACACACCAGAGCGCUUGUGGUGGCUCCGACCAGAGACCAAGAAUCAACCGACGGAUUAUGGCGGCAUCUACAAAUGUUGCCGCCUCAAAAACAAUUUGCCCUGGAGAACAACACUGAGACCGUGGCGCCUGAACUUCCCAGCGAAUUUUUCCAGAAUCCUGAAGAGACCAUACGAAUUGGCCUGUAUCCGUAUCGCAACGCUGACCAGGCUGGGAGAUUCGAAAAGUACUCUUAUCCUAAUCAGAAAGUACGGCAAAAGCUGCCCUUCAAGGACUUGCCAAUCAUUUAA